UCCAGAGCUGGCAGGUGGGGGUGGGAAAGGGCAGGGUACCAAUAUGCUAAACACUAACCAACUGUUGGCCAGGGCCACCACGGAGAGACCAAGGCAGAGCACAGAGCCCUUGGCUCCAGGAACAGCCACAAGGCUGUUCAAACUUCUAUCAAGCAUCUCUCCAGAGGAGCAGGUGAGAGAGGGGAGCCUUGGGAGUGGUGACAGCCUCCACAGUCAGAACCUCCAGCUGCAGAGGUCUCAGAGCGCGGGGCAGACGACAAGGAAAAAACGCAAGCCCCGGAGACGGAACAAGAAAGGACAAGGUUCAGCUGAGGCAGAGGAUCUCUUCAGCUCAGCUUCUCGGAAGCCUUCCUUCCCUUUCCAGUGGGCCUGGGAAAGCUUCGUCAUAGAUGGCCAGGCUCUGCUUCAGCAAAGUUCCUCCGUGGUCCUGGGCCAACGAGCCCUGCUUUUGCCCCCACCUGCCCCCCAGAUCAAGUCCAGGCGCAAGUCAGUAGCCAGCCUCUCAGAAGACCUCGGCUUCUGCCAGAAGACAGAAGUGCAAAACCAGGAGAGGAGAUAUCAGCUGGGGGGCCGGGGCAACAUCGCCCUCCCUCCAGGCACCUCAGAGAGCCAAGGGCUGGAGCCAUGCAGCCAUGGUGGCUUCUGGCCACUAGGAAAAGGGUCAGGCUCAGAGUCUGAGGAUGUCUCAGAGGUAGAAGGCCAGGAUGCUGAGGCGGCAGAGAGGGUUCUGAGCCCUGGGGAACUGCCCCAGCUCCCAGGGCAAGGCUUGACCUUGGAGGAGGAAUGGAUCUCAGAGGUGACAGAGGAGGAACACAGCGCCCCCCAUAGGAGGAAGGGCAGCUCUCAACAUAAGGGGAGGAAUUCUGGAGAGAAGGCAUCUGAAGAAAAGGGAAGCAGCCAGGGAAGCAGCUCCAGUUCCCACAGCCUCCGAAAGUCGCAGAGGGGGAAGUCCAUGGCCAAGGAUCUGAAGGGGCCCUGGGACCUGGAGCGGUUACACAGGCAGUUACAGGAGGAACUGGAUUGUGGUCCUGAAAAGCAGACCUGGAAGGCUUUGCGGGCAGCUGUCCAGGCCUCUACCAGGAAUAAGAAGACCUCUACCCUGGGAGAUGAUGAAAGUUUCUUGUCUGCCAAUUUCCCCAAUCGCACUUUCCAUAAACGACAGGAGGCCACGAGAAACCUGCUGCAGGCCUGGGAACAGCAGCAGCUGGAGGAGCGGCAGCAGGCUGAGAUGCGUCGGGUCCGGGAGCAUCAGGUGCAGCAGCAGGUAGCUCGCUGUCUGGCAGCCUACACACCCAGAGGGAGCCGAGGGGCCGUGGCUGCUCAGCGCAAACUGGAGGAGCUGAGGCGCAAAGAGCGACAGCGUUUUGCUGAGUACCAGGCAGAGCUGCAGGGUAUUCAGCACAGGGUGCAAGCCCGGCCCUUCCUGUUCCAGCAGGCCAUGCAGACCAAUGCCAGGCUCACAGUAAAUCGGCGCUUCUCCCAGGUGCUGUCAGCAUUGGGAGUAGAUGAGGAACAGCUGCUGGCUGAGGCGGGCAACGCAGAGGGAAUUGCCCAGAAACACAGGAGCCACCGGUCAUUUGGAGUAGAUAUGGAGCCCUCUUCUCAGAGCUCCCCAAAGAUAGAAGACACCAGCGACCAGCCUGGAAGACUCCCCUCUCCCACCAUGGAACCAGCACACGGUCCCUGAGAUAAAAAUUAAAUACUUUAAGGCAA